CUUGCCUUGGACAAGCGUUUGACUGCAGAUUUCCCGAUGGACCAAUCAGAAUCAAGUGUUCCAGAGAUCAGAUCAUGUGCAGGAAUGGCAAGUGUAUUACACUGGAAACAGCCUGAGAUUAUGUGUGUGCUAAUCUUGAUUAGCGAGUGCGUUUAGUGCAUGUGUUUAUUAAGAAGGAACUGAUCUUCACUGAUUCUCCAGUUGUCCGUUGAGUGUUUUCAGUUAUUGCAGUGCACAGAUAAAGCAACAGUUGUGUAACGUCUGGAAUAUAAAACAUGUGCUCUUUCUCGACCUCACAUACAUACAGCAGAUAUAUACAUCAACAGCUCGUGCAGGCAGAAGAUUUCUAGUAAAGUUACUUUUUGAUGGUACAGAUUGUUCAUUUCAGUCUGUGGUGAGUUGGGGACGUUUUUGAGAUUUUUGGCACAGGAAAUAAUGAAGAUCCACAAUCAAGAGCAUCAGCGGAACGGCUUCCUCCAUCCCGCAGGACAUGAGAGCGGUGAGGAUGCAGCUGAUGGGAAAGUCGUGUUACAGGUCGACAGUAAAUGGAACAACAUCCACCUGUUCCUGGUGUGUGUUUCGUUGGGGGUGACUCUUGUCAUGCUGCUCGACGGCUGUCGCUCCUCUGAUUCGUGGGUUCUGCUCGGUUCUUCUGGAUUGCCCAUCUGGGACUGGACAGCUGUUUCUGUGGUGCUGUUAUUUACUGGCCUACAGGGGGUGCUCUAUUAUCUACCUGUGGGACAGGUGACCGAGGGCAAGAUGGGUUUUAACGGAAAACGUUUAAAAUACAAACUCAACGGUCUGUACGCAUUUCUGGUGAGUGUGGUUCUGUUAUUGGGUCUGUGGUUCUGUGGGGUUCUGCGGGCCAGCGGUGUGACGGACAGACUGUUUGCACUGGUCACCGCUGGCAUGAGUGUCGCUCUGAUGCUAAGUCUGGCGCUGUACCUGUGCCCGGUCACGACACACUCCUCCGCACAUGUGUACUACCACAACACAGCAAAGCCCCUGUUGAAUUUUGCACUUGGUCAGAAUUUGGACCCUCGACUGGGCGAAAUUGAUGUAAAACAAUUUGUCAUGGUGAGGAUUGGAUUCAUCGGCUGGGCCCUGAUGGAUCUGAAUUAUCUGUUGAGCGCUGUGGAGAUGAACUCGCUCUCUGUGUCUCUGCUGCUCGUCACCGUCUUUCAGCUCAUUUACAUACUCGACUUCCUCAUCGAUGAGGCAUCUGUGUUAACGACCAAAGAGUUCACGGAGGAGCCGAUUGGGUUCAUUAUGAUUCUGGGCGAGUUUAUCUGGAUCCCGUUCUUCUCUAGUCUUCCUGUUUACUUCCUUCUCCAGAGACCCAAUCACAUCCAUGUCCUGUCUGCUGUGCCCAUCUGUUUGAUGUUUGGUAUUGGCUUUUUGAUUUAUUACCUGUCCAAUGAACAGAAGGAUGGUUUCCGCAGAAAUCCAAAUGACCCAGCCUACGCUUCUCUGCGGACGAUCCAAAGCCCAUCAGGACAUAGUCUCCUGGCCUCAGGAUGGUUUGGUUGGGUCCGACACCCGAAUUACUUCGGAGACAUUCUGAUGAUGUUUGCCUGGUGUUUCCCCUGUGGGUUCACCAGCGUUCUGCCGUACCUACCUGCGCUGCAGUGUUUCAAUUUAUUAAGGAGACGAGCCAGUGAGAUCGAAGAUUCGUGUCUGAAGAAGCACGGAAACGCUUGGCAAGAAUAUUGUCGCCGAGUGCCAUACAAACUGCUGCCUUACGUGUAUUGAAGACCUGAUCUAACAUCUGUAAUAUGUCUUUGCAUUGUUCUUGUAUUAAGAGUUAUAAUUCUCAGGUCUGUAACUUCUGUAGCAAACACAAUAAAACUGGUGUGUUGCAA